AAACUUCGACAAUGGCGAAGGAGGCAUGAGAAGAAACGGAAAUGGCGGGAGCGAUUAGGGCGAAGCAGCUGUUUGUAUGCUCGUCGAUUCUCGCGAGCAACAGCAACAAGUUUCUAUUACGGUUUCCUCGGCGUUCUAUCAAUUUCGAGCGAGACGAAGAAGAAGGAGAAAGAGAAGAGGAAGAGGAGAAAAGAGAUUGAGGCCGCAAGAGCUACGACGGAAGCUGUGGUGAAUAAGGAAAAGAAGAGGACACGGUCGAGCAGAGAGUAUGAGAUCGCCGACGGUGGCGAGGUUCCUUCCUCACAUGUGCCUGUGAUGCUCGGAGAAGUUAUCGACAUAUUCUCUUCGGUUCGCUUGCGAAGUUUCGUCGAUUGCACACUUGGAGCAGCCGGUCAUUCUUCUGCAAUUAUUCAAAGCCACUCUGAAUUGAAGUAUUUUGUUGGGAUGGAUGUUGAUCCUGUGGCGCGGAAACUGGCUCACUUUCAUAUCGAUUCCCUGAUGCACCCAACUUUGAAGGCUUCCAUUGUGUUGAAGAACUUCAAAUACAUCAAAUCUGCAAUCGCUGAUACGCAUCCGGAGUUGUUAGAUGCAGGUGUUGAUGGCAUUCUUAUGGACCUGGGAAUGUCAUCUAUGCAGGUAAACAAUCCGGAAAGAGGGUUUAGUGUUCUUCAACAGGGACCUCUUGAUAUGCGCAUGGAUCCUCAGGCGAGCCUGACAGCGGAAGAUAUAGUGAAUUCUUGGCCAGAAUCUGAACUGGGGAGAGUUCUACGGGAAUAUGGCGAAGAAAGCAAUUGGUAUUCACUUCAAAAUAGAAUUGUUAAGGCUCGACUUAGUGGUGGGUUACAUUCUACUGGUGAACUGGUGGAUCUCAUUCGAGGCAUGUCACCACCAAGUAGAGUAGGAAGACAAGGUUGGAUAAAGACAGCAACACGUGUGUUUCAAGGCCUAAGGAUUGCAGUGAACGACGAACUCAAGACACUGCAAAACGCUCUCUACUCAUCGUUCGAUGUUCUCUCUCCAGGUGGGAGACUAGCAGUCAUCUCCUUCCACAGUCUGGAGGAUCGGGUUGUGAAACAAACGUUCCUCGACAUUUUAGGGUUUCAAAGGGAAGAAGUAAACGCUGAUGUAAGCGUAAAACCAGAAAGGCAAAUCGAAGAAAGUGUAAUGAAGGAGUUAAAGGAGAAAGAAGCGUGGAUCAAACAGACUGUAAUCGGGUCGAAAGGGGUAAUACUGACAAAGAGACCUAUUACUCCUUCAGAGGAAGAAGAGAGACUGAAUCGCAGAGCAAGGAGUGCUAAGUUAAGAAGUCUCCUCUUCUCUCCGUCGCGUUCCAGUCCUCCCUACUCCACGCACCGUUCCGUCUCUUUUUUGCCGCCGGGAAGCAAGUCACGGUGUCUGCCGCCGUUGCGUUCAAUGAGCCACGAUGACGACGCGGCCUCAAAGGAGGCGAAGCUAUGGGGCGGGAGGUUCGAGGAGAGUGUCACAGAGAAGGUGGAGAAGUUCACUGAGUCAAUUUCCUUUGACAAGGUUCUGUACAAACAGGAUAUCAUGGGCAGCAAAGCUCAUGCUACAAUGCUAGCUCACCAGGGGCUUAUAACUGAUAGCGACAGAGAUAGCAUUCUGAGAGGUCUUGAUGAUAUAGAGAGACAGAUUGAAGCAGAUAAGUUCGAAUGGAGGACUGAUCGAGAGGACGUGCACAUGAACAUUGAAGCAGCUCUUACUGAUCUAAUCGGCGAACCUGCAAAGAAACUCCACACAGCACGCAGUAGAAAUGACCAAGUCGCUACUGAUUUCAGGCUUUGGUGUCGUGAUGCUAUCGACACAAUUAUUGUCAAAAUCAAACAUCUUCAGACAGCACUUGUUGAGCUAGCUUUGAAGAACGAGGCUUUGAUUGUUCCUGGUUAUACUCAUCUUCAGAGGGCUCAGCCUGUUUUGCUCCCACAUGUCAUCUUAACUUUCGUUGAGCAGCUCGAACGUGAUGCUGGUCGUUAUAUCGACUGUCGCAAGAGGCUAAAUUUCUGUCCCCUAGGAGCUUGUGCUUUGGCUGGAACUGGUUUACCUAUUGAUAGGUUUAUGACUGCAAGUGCUCUUGGAUUUACCGAACCAAUGAGAAACAGCAUCGAUGCAGUUUCAGACCGAGACUUUGUGUUGGAGUUCUUAUUUGCAAAUUCCAACACAGCCAUUCAUCUAUCACGGCUUGGAGAGGAAUGGGUACUCUGGGCUUCUGAGGAGUUUGGUUUCAUGACUCCAAGCGAUUCCGUCUCAACGGGAAGCAGUAUAAUGCCACAGAAGAAGAAUCCCGACCCGAUGGAGCUUGUCAGAGGAAAAUCUGCUCGAGUCAUUGGCGAUCUGGUCACUGUCCUAACACUCUGCAAGGGACUUCCGCUUGCCUACAACAGAGAUUUUCAAGAAGACAAAGAACCAAUGUUCGAUAGCACAAAGGCAAUAAUGGGAAUGAUCGAUGUAUCUGCAGAAUUUGCCCAGAAUGUCACCUUCAACCAAGACAGGAUUAAGAAAAGUCUUCCCGCUGGACACCUUGAUGCUACUACACUCGCUGAUUACCUUGUGAAGAAGGGGAUGCCUUUUAGGUCGUCUCACGAUGUAGUCGGGAAACUAGUUGGAGUCUGUGUCUCAAAAGGCUGUGAACUUCAGAACCUAAGUCUUGAAGAGAUGAAAAAGCUAAGUCCCGUGUUUGAAGAAGAUGUCUUUGGGUUUUUGGGCGUUGAAAAUUCAGUCAAUAAGUUCAGUUCCUAUGGCUCAACCGGGUCGAGCUGUGUUGAUGAGCAGCUCAGCUAUUGGGUCAACAAGCUGAAGAUUACUAGCACCUGAGUUGAACCAAAUAUGAUCAGGCAAAUUGUUGCAGCGGUGUGAGGAAAGGCGAAUACAUUGGGUUCCCUAUCUACCAAAACCCCAAAAAAAUAAAAAGCUUUGUUGAAGUUUGAAACCUUUAUUGUUCUAAUGUUUAGUACUAUCUUUUUUUAUCAUUUCAAACGCUUUGAUAUUCUACAAUGGUAAGAGGAUUAACUUGGACCAACUUGCAAGAACCCAACCAAGACCACUAGAGUAGCGUAACACUUUAAACUUGAUAAUUUUCUAUAAGAUAGGACAAAAGUAUCACAAAGCGUCAAAAGCUUGGUUUAGUAAAUAUGUUGAGUGUCAUAUUAAGACGCUAUUGAGUGAUAAGAUACAGAUGGUUGAAGCUAGAAGCUAAGGAGAAGGAGCUUUGGCACGUGAGGAGGAUUACAACUUACAAGGCUUGUGGUGUGGAAACUAAAGACUUGUAAUCUCGAUCAGUCCAUCUCUCGGCGGUUCAAAACUCACGGCUGGCGAGGUUGUACACAAGCCCGGCCCUGAGCGCAAGCAGACACGAUUUUUAGUACACACCAAAUACUUUUAUGGCCAACUAAGUUAAGACACGAUUUAUCCAUCUACAAUACUUUUCCUUUAAUUUAUCACAUUCACUCAUGAGAAAGACGCUACUAGACGCAAGAUUGGCAUUGAGUACGAAAGCUGCUCGUAGAAUUGCCGCUAAAGCAACCCUGGAACAGAGAGAUGUCUCAUCCAGUGAAAACUGAUAAACUUGAUUACAUAUACAAUCAGUAUCAUUGAUCAAGCAGAAGACCCCUCAAGGAAUUUACUAUAAAACAGUUUUUAUCUCAUCAGAUAUUUCUCCAUCAUAUUCAAAACACAGCUUGGUAGUUUCCUUGGUAUGCAGGGAAGUUAAAUACAAUGGAUUGUUGUUAUUAGCUAUAUCGGUUUUAGAC